UUUUUCCUUAAACCCACUGCCGAAAAUCUGUCGGAACAGCCAUGGAGACCCUCCAUCGAUUCUCCUUUCGUCUCCUCCCGAUUUACCUCGCCGUAAAAUGCCUCGAUGCAAAUCCAAUAGAAAUGAAAUCAUGCCUCAGGCUCACCACUCUGUCUCCGAUAUCUCGUUUUGCUCGAAUGCCCAUAUCCGUACCCGAAUUUAUAACCUCGAACCCCCACUUUACUGCCCGGAAAUCUUUCUCUUCCUCUUCAAAUGCCAAAGCGGGUUGGUUUCUGGGUCUUGGAGAGAAGAAGAAAACGAGCUUGCCGGAUAUUGUUAAAGCGGGUGACCCGGUUUUGCAUGAACCGGCUCGAGAAGUUGCCCCGGAGGAAAUUGGGUCAGAAAGGAUACAGACGAUAAUUGAUGAUAUGAUUAAGGCUAUGAGGAUGGCUCCUGGUGUUGGACUCGCUGCUCCUCAAAUUGGAAUCCCACUCAGGAUCAUAGUUUUGGAAGAUACAAAAGAAUAUAUUGGUUAUGCACCGAAGGAAGAGACCAAAGCACAGGACAGACGCCCUUUUGAUCUUCUGGUGAUCCUGAACCCAAAGCUUACCAAGAAAAGCAACAGGACUGCAUUUUUCUUUGAAGGGUGUCUAAGUGUUGAUGGAUUCAGAGCAGUGGUGGAGCGAUAUCUUGAUGUCGAGGUUACAGGUUUGAAUCGUUAUGGCCAGCCCAUCAAAGUGGAUGCUUCUGGUUGGCAGGCACGUAUCUUACAGCACGAGUGUGAUCAUUUGGAUGGAACUCUUUUUGUUGAUAAGAUGGUGCCAAGAACAUUUAGAACCGUAGAAAACUUGGACUUGCCACUUGCUGAGGGGUGCCCGAAGCUUGGUGCCCGCUAGUUCGUGCAAAGCUACAAAGAUGGUCCGAAGAAUGCAAAAAAGGAGGGGUUUAAGAUCCAUUUCAUCUUUAUGCAGUUACCUUUGAAAUCUUAUGUCCCUUGUUUUCAUAUGUUUUUCUUCUUGGAAAAAAGGGAGAGAAACAUAUGUUUGUCUAAUUCUAUACUUUGCAGCAUGAUUUAAAACGGUUUGUACUGUUCAAAUUUUAUUUAUUUUUUAUUAGUUAGUAGUGUAGCAUUUAGUUUCAUUUUUAAUAAAAAGAAUCUACUCUCUCUCUC